AUGGCUUCUUCACGUCCAACCCAUGAAAGAACGGUAUCAACAAACCUUGGAGGGGCACGUGGUUAUCGUCCCCUCGAAGGGAAGCUAGCCAUUGUAACAGGAGCUGCUAGGGGAAUUGGGUCGGCAAUAGCCCACAAUCUUGCUUCUAAAGGCGCAUCUAUAGUCUUGAACUAUACAUCCGACUCCUCAUCUGCCGCCAGUGCCCGGUUUUCCGAAACUCUUACCCAGGAACACGGCGUCCAAUGCUUCGUAAUUCAAGCUGAUAUGGGUACCCCAAAUGGCCCAGCACACAUCAUCACCAGUGCCAAGAACCACUUCUCACAUCCCAAGACCGGCCGUUUCCAAAUCGAUAUCCUAGUCAAUAACGCUGGCGUUUCGAAAAAUCUAAGCAUUGAAGAGUGCACUAUAAGUGAUUGGGAAUGGCAAUACAAGAUCAACGUUUUGGGCCCUCUGCUACUUAUCCAGGCAGCUCUGCCCUAUUUACCUCACGAUAGGAGUGGCCGAAUUGUGAAUUUAAGCUCGGUGUCUAGCUCCGAGGGCUUUGCGGGACAAUCCGUAUACGGGGGAACAAAAGCCGCUCUCGAAGCGAUGACGAGAACAUGGGCAAGAGAGUUGGCCGAGAGAGCAACAGUCAAUGCGAUUAAUCCAGGGCCGGUAAAGACGGAUAUGUGGUUUUCAACAACAGACGACUUCAAGAAGCGUCUGAAGCCCUGGAUUGAGAAAACGCCUGGGUCGGCGAUACGACCAGGUAUUGAUGAUCAAGAUCUCAUCAGUGGAGCUGAUAAAGCGGGCGGUAGACCGGCGUAUACACAGGAAAUUGCAGGCAUCGUGGGAAUGCUCUGCACGCAGGACAGUCGGUGGUGUACGGGACAGGUCGUUUGUGCUAAUGGGGGAAUGAGGAUGGCCAUCUGA